AUGUCUGCAAUCCUGUCUGCUGACGAUCUAAAUGAUUUCAUCUCACCAGGUGUAGCAUGUAUCAAACCUGUUGAGACACUACCGAAACAAGCACCUGAAGAGAUCAAUGCUUACGAAGUAACAACGGAAGACAAGCUCCAAAAGCAAAGUGCUCCGCCUGCUCAAAUCUCCUUAACAGACUGUCUAGCCUGCUCGGGAUGCGUUACCUCUGCAGAAGCUGUGCUGGUAUCGCUCCAAUCUCAUUCAGAAGUACUCAACGCACUAGAUUCACAACACCCCAUCGAUUUUUCUACAACUGGCAGUGAAUAUGGACCAAAUCAACAGGAAGGGAGACUCUUUGUUGCCAGCGUUAGCCCACAGGUGCGAGCGAGUGUGGCCGCUACCUACGGUGUCUCGGAGGCAGAAGCUGGAUGGAUGAUCGAUCAGCUGUUGGGUGGCCCACAAGGACUAGCGGCAGGGGGGAAAUAUGGCAAUGGCUUCACCUGGAUUGUUGACACGAAUGCUAUGCGGGAAGCAAGUUUGGUCUUGGGAGCAGACGAGGUGAUGGAGUCCCUGCAAACACCUGGCCUACAAGCGGCUUCCAACGACGACAGCGCCUCAACGGCAAUACCUAAGAAGCCUAUACUCAGCUCGGCCUGUCCAGGCUGGAUAUGCUACGCGGAAAAGACCCACCCACACGUCCUCCCACACCUCUCAUGUUUAAGAUCCCCUCAAGCUCUCACCGGCACCCUCCUCAAGACCGUCCUUUCACAAUGUCUCAAUAUACGCCCCGACCAGAUAUGGCACGUCUCAAUAAUGCCGUGUUUUGACAAAAAGCUCGAAGCUUCUCGUGAAGAGCUCACCGACAUCUAUUGGCGGCCUCCAUCCACCACUGCUUUGGCCCAACCAGUCCGCGACGUCGACUGCGUUAUUACGGCUCGCGAGGUCUUGAUGCUGGCCGAUACUCGUGGGAUCAGUUUCCCUGCUUUACCUCGCACCCCCAUCUCCGCGACCCGCCUUCCCCGAUCCCAUGCUCUCGUCCUUCCUCUUCCCGAAAUACCACCGAAAGCAGGCUUCCGAAGCCGGCACCUCAGGAGGCUAUCUCCAUCAUAUCCUCCAAGCCCAACUCAGUCUCAAUCCUUCUAG